AUGAACAAAACCUCAAAACCAACUAUCGUUCCUUUGAAACCGCCGGGGUUCUCAAAAUCGGGCUCUACCCCAGCUGGAGGAGUUAAUGCUGGGCCAUCAAGGAGACGCUGUAUCGCCUCUGGCGAUGAGGAAUUUGCGGACGUCAUGGACGUUCAUUCAGUGUCCAGAAGAAUCAUUUACAGCGUUCUCCAUGCUGUAGUAGUAAAGAACAAAUGAACGGGCUUCCGGUCUUGAUCCAAAGAGCGAAAUUCGUCAUCUUCCGCGAUGACCCGUAUUGUGUUACACUGCCUGCUCAAAGCUCACAUCAGCAUAAUGGCUACACCGCCAAUUAA